UUGGUGACGAGAAAACACAAGUGACAAAGUGUUCCUGCUGCACUGCUGAGCGGCAGACCGAGGUUGUCUCUCUACGGUUCUCAUGAUGUGUUUAAGUUCCACUCUUUGCUGGGAGUUUUCUAUCAGUCAUCUCAGACUACUCGAGAAGAUCACUUUGAUAACACAAUGGCAGAAGUCGCUCCAGUUGCUCCACCCGCCGCACCGGCCCCAGCCACCAAGGCACCCAAGAAGAAGGCAGCCAAGCCGGCCAAGAAGACCGGUCCCGGCGCCGCUGAGCUCAUCCUGAAGGCCGUCACCGCCUCCAAGGAACGUAAAGGUAUUUCUUACGUGGCUUUGAAGAAGGAGUUGGGCGCUCAGGGCUUCGACGUCGAGCACAAAUCCGCCCUCAUUAAACGCGCCGUGAAGGCUUUGGUUGCCAAAGGAGCUCUCACCCAGACCAAGGGAAACGGUGCGUCCGGGUCCUUCAAGGCAGCCAAGCCCGCUGAGAAGCCCAAGAAGGUAGCAGCGAAGAAGCCCGCAGCCAAAGCCAAGAAGCCGGCAGCGAAGAAGCCCGCCGCCGCUAAGAAACCAGCAGCCGCCAAGAAGGCAAAAGCAUCGACACCCAAGAAGGCAAAGAAGACCGCGGUAGCGAAGAAGACCCCGGUCAAGAAGGCUACAAAGAGCCCCAAAAAGAAGGUGGUCAAGAAGGCAGCUGCACCCAAAAAGGCCGUCACCCCAAAGAAAGCCGCCAAGAAGGUCGUUAAACCCAAAGCUGCCAAACCCGCAAAGAAGGCUGCAGCCAAGAAACCAGCAAAGAAGUAAAUCUACAAGUUUGCUUUCAACCAUCAAAAGGCUCUUUUAAGAGCCACCCAAAUGCCAUAAAGAGCCAUUUUCCCGAUUACUUUAUUUUAUAUUUGCACUAUAACCAUUGUACAUACUUUCAUAGUUUGUUUGGUAUCUCAGCUCAUUAUUUAUAAUCAGAUUUUAAGAGAAAUCAUUGCACUUUAGUUAUGAGUCCGCUCAUAACUAUACAUAUAAAGCGUAUUAUUAUUAUAAUACCAGCUAUUGAGUUAAACUUCAGUUGCUAUUAUAUUUCCUCCUUGAAUAUAAGCAUAUUUUUAAAUGAGUUCAACUAAAACAGACACUCAAACGCACCAUGAGAACCGUGGAGAGACAAUCCAGUCUGCCGCUCUCCAGUGCAGCACGAUUACCUUGUCACUUGUGUUUUCUCGUCACCAAUAAAUGUAUAAAAUACACAUCUGGAGGAGCAAACAAAGUGUAAAAUCUAUCGGAACUGAUAGCGAAGGACUUUGUCUUCAUGUAUAAAUCAAAUAAAGCUUUAAAUAGGUUUGUAUUUUGAUUGGGAAGCCUUUAAACCUCCCAAAACUACUGCCGUGUGAGGCGCUGCUGCGAGUCUUUUCCUUGUAAUUCCUCUCCUAAAUGCUUUAAAAUACAUCAGAAGUUCGCCAAAAGCAGUUUGAUGGUGAGAAGAGAUGUUUGUUAAAGACUAAAAGUAAAAACAGUCAGCUCCUGCAAUUAUAUCUUUAUAAAACAAAGGUUAGUUUGGUGUCUGCAAACACACUAAAACAGUUUACAGCUACUAUGGUGGAAAGUCACUGCUUAUCAAUUGUUUUAUUCAGCUGUAGAUUUAUCUCAUAGUUAAGUAUUUAGAUCCAGAUUUCUAUUGAUCCUAAUCAAUUGUUGCACACAGAAAGUAUGCGUUUUGACAACUAACCAGAUGCAGACAGUAUCAGUGAAAAUAGCUGUAUAAUAUAUAAAGUUACAAGAACAAAUGUAUCUUGAUUAAUAAUGGAUGUAAGUACAAAAUGUUAUGUAGUGACACACCCAAAUCUUUUGGCAAUUUUCCAUCAUAGCUGUAUACUAGAUAAAUAGUAUGGUAAUAGUAAGUUAAAGUGGAAAUAAAAAGUGGAAUGAAGGUAUAAAUGGCAGAAGUGCAGGUAUAGUAUAUUUUAUACAUGGAUAUGACCUGUGUAAUGAUGAUAAUUCAUAAAGGUUUUACUGUUUAAUAUAACAUAUACACUAUAUCAGAUGUAGACAUUUGUGUUUUUUAUAUUCAACAUGUGUAACUGAUUAACAGAUCUAUAGCCCUGUGGAAACAUGUUAACACACUUA